AGAGAGUAGCCGCCUCAGGGCAAACAUACACGACGGCAACAACCGAAGCACCAAGUCUUCUUCUUCUUCUUCCUAAUUCCUCCCUCUUCACGUUUCGUCUUCUUCCUCUAUCUCUCUUACGAUUCCUUUCUAAUUCCGUCUACCAUGGCAACCGUCUCCUCCUCCUGGCCCAAUCCAAACAACCCUAACCCCGAUUCCACAUCUUCCGAUUCUUCUACUCUUCCAUCUCACCGCGAUCGUGGAGACGACACCGAGUCUCUCGAUUCCUUCUCCUCCAUGACCCUCAACUCCUCCGAAGACGACCCUAAUCUCAACUCUGAUCCGAUUCCCAAUCCUAACCACGCCGUUACUCUUCCUAUUUCUCCCCCUACGCCUAAUUUACCGGUGACUCCUCUUCCGUCCGUGCUUCACCUCUCUUUCAACCAAGACCAUGCUUGUUUCGCCGUCGGCACCGAUCGUGGCUUCCGGAUCCUUAACUGCGAUCCCUUUCGCGAGAUUUUUCGCCGUGAUUUCGAUCGUGGCGGUGGUGUUGCCGUCGUUGAGAUGCUUUUCAGAUGCAAUAUCUUAGCACUCGUAGGUGGUGGUCCUGAUCCUCAGUAUCCUCCUAACAAGGUCAUGAUUUGGGAUGAUCACCAGGGACGAUGUAUCGGAGAGCUUUCUUUUAGGUCCGAUGUUCGAUCGGUCCGGCUUAGGAGGGAUCGUAUUAUCGUCGUUCUGGAGCAGAAGAUUUUUGUUUACAACUUCUCUGACCUUAAGCUGAUGCAUCAGAUUGAGACUAUUGCGAAUCCUAAGGGCUUGUGUGCUGUCUCUCAGGGUAUUGGUUCUAUGGUUUUGGUUUGUCCUGGUUUGCAGAAAGGUCAAGUUCGGAUUGAGCAUUAUGCUUCUAAACGCACCAAGUUCAUCAUGGCUCAUGAUUCGAGAAUAGCUUGCUUUGCUCUUACUCAGGAUGGACAUUUGUUGGCUACAGCUAGCUCCAAGGGUACUUUGGUUCGUGUGUUCAAUACCGUUGAUGGUACCUUGCGGCAAGAGGUUAGGAGAGGUGCAGAUAGAGCGGAGAUCUAUAGUUUGGCCUUCUCUUCAAAUGCUGAGUGGUUAGCUGUCUCAAGUGACAAAGGAACUGUCCAUGUUUUCGGUCUCAAAGUCAAUUCUGGAGCUCAAGUGAAAGAGACAUCACGUAUUGCAUCUGAACUUACUCGCUCUAAUUCAUCCCCAUCUUCGUCUCUAUCAUUAUUCAAAGGAGUGUUGCCAAAGUAUUUCAGCUCGGAGUGGUCGGUGGCUCAGUUCCGGUUGGUUGAAGGGACUCAGUACAUAGCCGCCUUUGGUCAUCAGAAGAACACAGUUGUUAUUCUUGGCAUGGAUGGGAGCUUCUAUAGAUGCCAGUUUGAUCCAGUGAACGGCGGGGAAAUGACUCAGCUUGAGUAUCACAACUGCCUGAAACCGCCUUCUGUUUUCUAGAAAACUUUUAUUCUCUUUUGUCCCUUAUAUGUUGUAUCUCUCUGCUACUUCAGUAGUGAGAUUUGGGUGCUACGAUGUUGUAAUGUAUAGUUUGUUUGUAUAAUAAUCAAUGGGGUCUUAUAAUUUGUAAAAACCUUUGAUCGCUAACCAAAACAUAUUCAUUUGUAUC